AUGGCAGAAGCUCCUGCAGACACCCCAGCCCUUCCUGUAACAGUGAAGAAAAAGAAAAGUCUGUCCAUCGAGGAAAAGAUUGACAUCAUAAACGCAGUGGAAAGUGGCAAGAAAAAAGCAGAAAUUGCAGCUGAGUAUGGAAUAAAGAAAAAUUCACUGUCUUCUAUCAUGAAGAAUAAAGACAAAGUUCUAGAAGCCUUUGAAUCUCUGAGAUUUGAUCCAAAGAGAAAAAGACUGAGGACUGCUUUUUACACUGAUCUGGAAGAGGCGUUAAUGAGAUGGUAUCGCAUCGCACAGUGUCUGAAUGUACCAGUUAAUGGUCCAAUGUUGCGUCUAAAAGCUAAUGAUUUUGCCCAGAAACUGGGCCAUAAUGAUUUUAAGUGCAGUAAUGGUUGGCUGGAUCGCUUUAAAUCCAGGUAUGGUUUGGUAUUCAGAGCUCAACCUGCAGAAGCUACAGGUGUACCAGUAGACCCUUCGAUUGUCUGGCAACAAAAUGUACUUCCUUAUUAUUUAAACGACUAUCAACCUAAAAAUGUUUUUAAUAUAAAAGAGACUGGGCUGCUUUAUCGAAUGUUACCUACAAAUACCUUUGCGUUUAAAGGAGAAACAUGCUCUGUUGGAAAGUUAUACAAAGACAGAGUAACUCUGGUGAUUGGCACAAACAUGGACGGCUCAGAGAAGCUUCCUUUGCUUGUCAUCGGAAAAAACAAAAAUCCACAUUGUUUCAAAGGUAUUAAGUCACUGCCUGUGCAUUAUGAAGCUAACAGAAUGGCAUGGAUGACCUCCGAUAUAUUUGAGCAGUGGAUGCAGACACUUGACGAGAAAUUUCAAGCGCAGCAACGCAGAGUGGUGAUUUUUGUGGAAUCUUUGCCGGCACAUCCAGAGGUAAAGAAUCUCAAGUCCAUUGAGUUAGCCUUCUUUCCGUCAUGUUUAUCUCCCAGAUUUAUAGCUAUGAAACAAGGUGUUAUUAAAAGCCUUAAGAUCAAAUAUCGGCAUUGCCUUAUCAAGAAAUUUUUAAGUUCCGUUGAAGGCAGCAAAGAGUUUAUGUUUUCGCUCCUAGAUGCAGUUGAUACACUGCACCUCUGUUGGAGGUCUGUAACCACAGAGACUAUUGUUCAAAGCUUUGAAGAGGCAGGAUUCAAAUGUCCAAAGGAAGAAAGUGAGGCGCCAAGUGCAGAGGGAGAGGCUCCUCUUGACUUUGUUGCUCAGGCGCUGGGCACUGAGGCAGACUUCCCUGAAGGUUUGUCUGUAGAGGAGUAUGCUGCCUUGGACGAUGAUCUGGAGACGUGCGAAGUGGCACCAAAUGACGAUUCCCUAUGUACCAAAGAGAGUAAGUCUGACGAACAUGGAUUCUGUACCUCUGAUGAAGAGGAGGAGGGUGCAUCUCUGGGAACUGAACUUCCUGCACCAUCAAAAAAUGAGGCCAUAACUGCUUUAGAUACUCUUAAGAAAUUUCUUAGAAGUCAAGACAUGAAUGAUGAACUUCACAAUUCUUUAGCAGACCUUGAAAAUUUUCUUAACUCUUUAUCACCUAAGUAG